UCAGUUGGAGGGAGGCAGGGAAUUCAGCUGAGCUGGUGGGCUGGGGCACACCUGGCGCAACCCGCUCCUUUCUGAAUCCCGAGUCCAAGUCCCUCGGAGGCUGCAAUUAUGAAGGAGAGACGGGCACCCCAGCCAGUGGUGGUCAGAUGUAAGCUCGUGCUGGUGGGAGAUGUGCAGUGUGGGAAGACAGCGAUGUUACAGGUGCUAGCGAAGGACUGCUACCCGGAGACCUAUGUGCCUACUGUGUUUGAGAAUUACACAGCUUGUUUGGAGACAGAGGAACAGAGAGUGGAGCUUAGUCUCUGGGAUACAUCAGGAUCUCCCUACUAUGACAAUGUCCGCCCACUCUGCUACAGCGACUCAGAUGCAGUAUUACUAUGCUUUGACAUCAGCCGUCCAGAGACAGUGGACAGUGCACUCAAGAAGUGGAGGACAGAAAUCUUAGAUUAUUGUCCCAGCACCCGUGUUUUGCUUAUUGGCUGCAAGACAGACCUGAGAACAGACCUGAGUACACUGAUGGAGCUGUCUCACCAGAAGCAGGCACCUAUCUCUUAUGAGCAGGGAUGUGCAAUAGCCAAGCAGCUGGGUGCAGAAAUCUAUCUGGAAGGCUCAGCUUUCACCUCAGAGAAGAGUGUCCACAGCAUCUUUCGGAUGGCAUCCAUGGUGUGUUUGAACAAGCCUAACCCAGUGCCCCCGAAGAGCCCUGUCAGAAGCCUCUCCAAGCGACUACUCCACCUCCCCAGUCGCUCUGAACUCAUCUCUUCUACCUUCAAGAAGGAAAAGGCCAAAAGCUGUUCCAUUAUGUGAAGUGGGAGUUGGGAGGGGAGAUAACCCCCCACUUCCUCCCUUAGGGUGCAGAGGCACGGGGAGAGGGAGGAUGAGACAAUUUAGGACACUGGACAUGAGUUUUCAGAUGGCCACCGUGAGGGCUUGGAAGGAGACAGGAAUGGUAUGAGGAUGGAGCCAGGCCUGGCAUGAGGACCUGACAUUGAGCAAGAACCAUCACACCCCAAGCCAGGCACUAGGUUUGGAGGGGGCAGCUGCCCCAGUGCCCCUCACUCCAGAGGAAGGAAAGGUGUGGGGGAGUGGGGGGGCAUGUUGGCCUCAUGGGCUUGGGGGCCUACAGGAGCCUCACCUUCAGCAUCAUGCCUGUUCCACACAGUAUUUCCAUGCAGGCUGGGGGAUGGGAGGGGUCCCUGAGCCGUUCUCUUCCCCUCUAAGCAGGUGGCAGAGGAAUGGAGAGUGGGGAAGCCAAGAGACAGCUCCCUUGGGAGCUUAGCCCAGGUGCUUUGCAAUGAAAUCAGAGGGGCAGGGGCUGGUCAGAGCUGAUGAGAAGGAAACCUCAUCUUUACAUAGCCUCAUGAAGAGGUGACAUCAUACAUUCACAUGCUUCUCACCUAAGUCCCCAGGGUCCAAGGGAGAAGCCCCAGACCCCCUUCUCUUGCAGAGUGUGGGGGUGGUGGUGCUGCAGGGGCAGGGCCGGGUGGGGGUCACCAGACUUUUCCUGCUCUUAGGGCAGUACAGCUGGCAUUUGUUUUAUAGACUCUUGUCUUUGGAAUUGGGGGGGAGGGGGGAGUGUUUCAAUCUGUUAUAUGUUCUGUGUUUCAAGAAGAAAACCUAUUUAUUAAUGAAAAAUAUAACACAUAUAAA